CUUGCAUUUUUCCUGGGAAAAAACACCGUUAUUUGGAAUCGUCGCUAUGGUACUGGGGAUAUGCCUUUUUAGAAGGAAUUUUGAGUUUUCUUUUUCAGAAGGAUUCCUGCCAAUAUUUGGUAAUAUAAGGCUUGGUUCGCUUCUCAUCAACACUUCUUCCUGUGUUCCCACCAUGGGAUUCGCUACGGCCUUGCAAAUGAAGCCAUACGGUUGCGCCGCCGCAGCAUCGAUUUCAUUCCGGCGGUCUGUAAGUCCUUUCAGCACCCGUCUACCUUUCCAACCAUCGCCAAAAGUUUCCCGACUCAAAGUAUCGGCUGUUGUUAAGAAAAGCCCUAAACGCCUCAAGUACGCUUCCCCUCGUUUACCCAAGGAGGAUGGUCUGCUCUAUGUUGAAGUUGAUCCCAACGGAGAAGACACAUGGAAACUGGAUUCAAUUGUGGAACUUCUUAAAGAGGGAGCUGUUGGGGUCAUUCCGACAGAUACUGUGUAUGCUAUGGUGUGUGAUAUGAAUAACCAUGAUGCCAUUCAACGUCUUCGAAGAUUAAAAGAUGUAGAAGCUUCAAAGCCCUUUAGUAUAUUGUGUCGUUCCCUCCAUGACAUAGAUACAUAUACAACUGGGUUCCCUCGUGGAAACAGUGAUGGUCUUUCAGACAUCUUUCGAGCUGUGAAGCAUUGCUUGCCUGGAGCUUACACUUUCAUCUUAACUGCAAGCAAAGCAUUACCAAAACAGUGUAUUAAAUAUGGAACUACAAGUUCUAAAUACGCAACUAGGAAAAGUUUGGGUGUCCGCAUACCUGAUGAUAUUGUAUGUCAAGCCGUAUUGGAGAAGAUGGGCGCACCUCUGUUUUCCACAAGUGUCAGGUCACCACAGGAAAAUCGAUGGAUAAUCGAUCCAGUUUUAAUAGCUGAUACCUACAGACAAGAGGGCCUUAAUUUUGUCAUCGAUGCUGGUGUUAGGGUGGCUAACCCAUCGACUGUAGUUGACAUGAUUCAGAUUCCCCCAACAAUUGUUCGCCAAGGAAAGGGUCCGAAACAACCAUGGAUGGCUGAAGAUGAUGAUGCUGCUGCUGCUGAAGAACGAGAGUCGAUCUAGUGUGUUGCGUAGUUAACGGCCCUACCGUGUAGAGUUGUAAAGUGUGAAGCUUAGACUCGCUUCCAUGCAUCGACACAUAGAGGCCAGAAAUCAUGUAUAUUAAUCACACAAAGAUGUAACAUUUUACCUAAAGAACCGUCAUACAAUCAUUUCCCAAUUGUAAUUUGUAAAUACACAAAAGAGGUUGGCUCAAUUCGCAAAUGAAGAUUAGAUUUUGAGGUUC